AUGGGUCAGAGUGGAUCGAGAGAGGAGCUGAUACGUCACGCCGCGAAGCACGGCGACACGUCAGGCAUCCGAGAGCUGGUUUCACGUGGAAUAAGCGUCAAUUGCGUGGAUUCGAAGGGUCGCACGCCGUUGAUUCUUGCCAGUAGCCGGGCAGAGGGGUAUGAGGCGGCGAAACUUCUGCUGCAGUUGGGCGCUCUUGUUCGCGCCUACUCUAAAGGUCCAGGAGGGGGCACGGCUAUUCACUAUGCCGCUCGCAAGCAGCUAGAUGCCACGGUGAAGCUGCUGCUGGACCAUGGAGGUCCAGGAGGGGGCACGCCCAUUCACUAUGCCACUGGCAAGCAGCUUGAUUCCACGGUGAAGCUUCUGCUGGACCACGGAGCGGAACCCCUUCUUCCCAACGAUGAUGGAAGGAGCGCGCUGGACCUGGCGAGAGAGAGAAACGCCACUGCUGUUGUCCGACUCAUAGAGAGCCGGGUGGCAUUGUUCGAAGGCUAUGUGCGCCAGCAGACCCUCUCGGCACCGUCGCUAGUGAAAGCCUUUAUCCCGCAGUGGGUGUACCGGAGAAUCUGGGUGGCAGUGCUACCUGGGCCCACCAUGAGUGAUGGACGCCAGACAUUCCGCCUCGCUCUCUAUCCCUCCAUGGCUUUUCGCGCGCCCUAUUUUGGCAUAGCCCUGCGCGUGCCUGUGUGGCCCCUCCUCUUCUCCUCUCCUGUCUGCUGCAGUUUGGCGCGCGCUAUUUCGAAACACCACUGCACGUGCGUUUUCCCCUCAGAAAGAGCCCCCUUUCCCCCUCGUCCCCUGCUCUUCUCUUCCUUCCCUUCACGACCUGCUGCAGUUUGGUGUGCCCUAGGCAUAGCACUGCAAGUGUGCCGCAUUCACAUGACCAAUCUGGACUCCCCUAUGCCCCUCUCUCCACCAGUCUUUCACUCCCUCCCGUCGACCCCCCUCCUCCCCCUUCACAACCCACUGCAGUUUGGAGCACCCUAUUUCGACAUAGCACUGCAUGUGUGCCGCAUUCACAUGACCAAUCUGGACUCCCCUAUGCCCCUCUCUCCACCAGUCUUUCACUCCCUCCCGUCGACCCCCCUCCUCCCCCUUCACAACCCACUGCAGUUUGGAGCACCCUAUUUCGACAUAGCUCUGCAUGUGUGCCGCAUUCACAUGACCAAUCUGGACUCCCCUAUGCCCCUCUCUCCACCAGUCUUUCACUCCCUCCCGUCGACCCCCCUCCUCCCCCUUCACAACCCACUGCAGUUUGGAGCACCCUAUUUCGACAUAGCACUGCAUGUGUGCCGCAUUCACAUGACCAAUCUGGACUCCCCUAUGCCCCUCUCUCCACCAGUCUUUCACUCCCUCCCGUCGACCCCCCUCCUCCCCCUUCACAACCCACUGCAGUUUGGCGCACCCUAUUUCGACAUAGCUCUGCAUGUGUGCCGCAUUCACAUGACCAAGCUGGACUCUGCCAACCCUGUACUCGUUAUAGAGGACCCCGUUCAUGCGGAGAAGGGCAAGUGGAAGUUUGUGAGCGACAAGGAUUCACCCGACCCCUCGCAGAUAUUCCGCCUGCACGACGCCUGCCGGGGAACACCACGGGCUCGCACCCAGUCAGCCAAUCAGCAUCCGCCACCUCAGCAUGUGGCAUCCUCUCCCCACACCCCACAAUCACAUGCACCAUCACCGGAAACCCAGCUCCCAGCGUCUCGCUCUCACACUGCCCCCUCCUCCAUUGACCAUCCCCCCCCACCACAGAUGCACCCCACCAUGUACCCCCAACCUCCCGCCGCUCCUCCUGUUUCCCCUUUUGCUGCUCCUCCUGCUCCUGCUGCUGCUGCUGCUGCUGCUUAUGAUGCUUAUGCUGCGGCCUAUUACACACAGCAGCAGGCACAACAGCAGCAGCACGCAUGGCAGCAGUAUCAGCAGCAGCAGCAGCAGGCAUGGCAGCAGCAGCAGCAGGCAUGGCAGCAGCAGCAGCAGCAGCAGCAGGGAGGGUGUUCUGGAGCAGCAGAAGGAGCAGGAGGGAUGACAUCAGCAUCAUCUGAAUCCAGGGGCGUGGUGAACGUGCACGCGUGGCAGGAUGACGUGGACGAGGACACGGCGUUCCAGCUGGCACUGACUGAGUCGAUGCACACUGCCAGCACCGCUGGUUCUUCCCGAGCCAACGCUCCUGGUGCUUCUAGUGCUUCUAGUGCCGCCGCUGCGGCUGCUCAGGGGAUGAGCAGAGGGGAGGGAGGAGCAGACGGGUUUAUUCUCACCCGCUCCUCCUCCGAGCCUCAGUCCAGAUCCGGACGCUCCCUCUCCUCAUCUUCCUCUUCCGCUGCUGGUGUUGGUGCUGCUGCCUCUGGUGCAUCCACUUCUUCUCAUCGCUCCUCCAGGUCCGUUUCAGCCUCUGCUGAUCGCCACCCCUUUGCCCCACCUGCUGCUCCUAUCCCCUCUUCCUCUGCUGCUGCCGGCACUUCCUCUGGCAUUGCCGCUGGUCCUGCAGCUGGCUCUGCGGCUGGUUCUGCAGGUACAGCUGGCACUGCUGGCACUGGUGUUGCAGCAGGCGUGGAAGGGGGUAGAAUGCGCGACGAAAUUGCGAAUCAGUUCUCCUCUGUGGCACCGGCGUUCAACCGAGCAGCAGCAGCCGUGUCGUCGCUCUUUGCUUCUGGCCCACCGUCAGCACCCCCUGUGGAUGGUCCUGCUUCCACAUCAGGAGCAUCAGUGGGAGCAGGGAGAGUGCCAGGAGCAGCCGUGACAGGCCAGCCAGCUUCAGCAGCAGCAGCAGCACCAGCAGCAGCAUCAGUAUCACCAGCACCAGCAGGAGCAGCUCCAGCUUUCAAUGCUAGAGCAGCAGUGGCUGCUGAGGCAAUUGCAACAGCAGCAGGGGCUCUCACGUCAGCAACAGCCGCUGUAGCCGCGACGGCAUGGCAGCGAACCACGGGCCACCGUGCUUCCUUCUUCGACCCUCCUCUCAUCCAGUUCUCCCCUCCCAGCAGCCCCAGGCGAAACUCACACCCUCCCAUCCACCCUCAGGCUCAACCACCUAUCAUCACCCACCACGUUCAACCACCUAUCACCCAUCAGCACCCACCUGUUUCCAUGAACCCUCAGGUGCAACCACCCAACUCCCAUCCCCAUACACCUGCCAGCAUCCCAUCCCCUGCUGCUGCAGCGUUGGUAGCUAUUCCUGGUGCGUCUUUAUCGUCUGUAGGCGGCUCGUUUGCUGGUCUUCCUUCGCCAGGAGCAGCAUCUGUAGCGGAGCUACAUCCAAGCUACAACCCUGAGAGGGUGCGGGCAGAGCUCGCCAGGGCACAGAGCCAAGGGCACGGAGCGGCAGGAGGAAGGGCAGCAGGAGGAAGGGCAGCAGGAGGAAGGGCAGCAGGUACAUCGACAGGCGCAGGAGCAGGAGCAAGAGCAGGAGACGAGGCAGGGGCAGAGGCAGGGGCGGGAGCAGGAGUAGCAGCAACGGGAGGGGCAGCAGGAGAGGCAUCUAGAGAGGGUCAGUGCGUGAUUUGCUGGGAUUCAGCAGCGCAGGCAGUGUGUGUGCCUUGCGGGCACGUGGCGGGGUGUGUGGAGUGUCUAGCUGAGGUUAGGUCUAAGGGCUGGGGUUGCCCUGUCUGCCGAGCUCCCAUUCGAGAAGUGGUGAAGAUCUUCCAUGUUUAG